UCUUAUAAAAAUGGAAUCUCUCCAUGCAUGCAUCACCAGUGCAAAAAUAAUUCCUACUAAUCCUUUCUCUAAGAGUUUAAGAAAUGAAUUCAUUACUGAGGCAACAAAACUACAUCAGAUGUGACUGCUGUGAGGAGCGGAAUGCAACCAAACAAUACACCACAGGAUCAUACUGUGAUGAAUGUUCGAGGAAUCUCUAUAAUCCAGGAAGGCAAAUUGGGACUUACAAUCAGCCUAAACGACACUUUCCUUAUAAUACAGGUAAUAGAACACAGUGCCGGUGUUGUGAGCUUUGCUAUGUUCAACAAUUCAUUAAGAGUUUACGCUUUGUGUGUGGUCACACUUUUACAUUUUGUAAUAACUGUGCUCUAAGGCAAGAAUAUUGUCCUGUUGACGGCCAGGAAAUUACUGGCGAGAGUUUAGCGAAACUUCAAUAAAUCAUCAUGGCAUGAUGUGACUUAUAGCUCUUACUUAUAGGCCCUUUACUAAUACUUUUAAACUAUUUUUAUACUCUAUUUUACCAAGAAUUUAGAUAAAUUAUCA